ACCAGACAGAUGAUGAAAAGUGCUAUACUAUGCUGGUUCUUCUGACACAUCUUCUGCCACCAAUGCCCGGGAGUCGCUGCAGUGUGAAGUCAGCAAUAACAUUCCUGAUUGAUUUUGUACCGUCUGGAACCAGUAUUGCAUCCCUCUGCGACAACUCCGAGAUGGCACCAAGGACCCAGCCACAGCUGAUCUGCAUCGGCAGUCUGAAAAGCCCAACACCACAAUAUAUCAUCACUGCAAGGAACGACCAGGUGACCAUUCCUGUAAAUGAUGGCCUGACAUGUGCAGUUGACAAGCUAUUCAAGCUUUACUGGGUGUGCAACUUGACAUAUCCACCACAGCUGAGCUCUGUCUUCACCUUUUUUGAAUACAUCUAUGAUGUGACCAUCUCAACCAAGAGACCCAAGGUACUUGAAGUCCUUUCAAAGCUUCAGGCUGCGCAUUAAAUAACAACACAAUGUAUACGUGUCCAAAGUGCAGACAAUUUAUAUCUACAGAAGUAAGGAGAGUCAUUUGGCAUCUCCGUGAAAUUCAUGCCUUAUCAGAUGGACAAGACAUUACCAUUAUCUGCAGCCAAGAUGGUUGCCCAAGAACUUAUCAUAACUUCAAUUCAUUCGCCAAACAUCUUCAUAGAGACCACCAGUCCACAACAACAUUCAUGGACAAUGUGACAUUUCAACCUAAUGACCACAGUUUAUCAGAUGCAUAUGAGACUGGGACAUCUAGUACUGUGGAAACAUCAGACUAUGUUCCAGUUCAAACUGCCAUUCCUAGUGAAACUGUUGCUUCUUUUGUGGCAAAGAUAUACCGUUCAUCAAAUAAAACUUUAAUGGAUGUAGCAAAAACUAUCUCUUGUACGCAAGAGGUAUUAGAGAGGACUGUUGAUAAUCUUAAACAGUCAACAACUACAUUGUUGAAUAAUCUGCAGGUACCACUUGGCAGUGAGUCUGUCCAGUCUUUAAUGGGCGAGUUUGAAGCUGCUAAACUAAUGUUUAAAGAUGUAGACACACCUUACAAAAUGAACAAAUACUUUGAAGAGAAAUUUGAUCUUGUGAAGCCGAAGGAAAUCUUUAUUGGCCAUAGGACACAGCAAGAAAACAGGGACAAUUAAAACAAGUUUUGGCAGCAGACACGUGUCAAUAUGUGUCAGUAAUUGAGACUAUUAAAUUUCUGUUCAGUAAUGACCAGAUGCAAAAAGUUUACCUUCAGGGUAAGAAGCAAACCGAAGGGAAAAUGCACAAUUAUUGUGAUGGGACUCAUUUUACAUCUCACCCAUUGUUUGGAACAUGUCCUCAAGCACUCCAAAUACAGUUGUAUUUUGAUGACCUGGAAACAACUAACCCUUUAUGCUCCAAAACUAAAAUCCAUAAAAUGGGUGCUGUUUAUUUUAGUUUAAAAAAUCUGCCACCGCAAUAUAGUUCUUCACUUUCAAAUAUUCACUUAUGUCUUUUGUUUAAUUCUAUGGACAGAGAGGUAUAUGGAUUUGGUAAAAUUUUGGAACCACUGCUAGAGGAAGUUAGACUACUUGAAAGGUCGGGUGUAGAAGUAGACAUGCAAGGACAAAGACAUCAACUUUAUGGAACAAUCUGUGUUUUGACUGCUGACAGUUUAGCUAUCCAUUCCCUCUGUGGUUAUUUGGAAAUCUUUUCAGCCAACAAGUUUUGUCACUUCUGCUUGAUUGACAAAACGACUGCGCAGACUGUUUUCGACGAAGAUAAAGUAGAAAAGCGCACCAGAGAAAACUAUGAGCAGCAUGUGGUACGUAAUGAUCCAUCUGCAACUGGAGUUAAAGAGGACUCAUGUUUAAACAAGCUGCACUAUUUCCAUGUCACUAAGAACACAUGCGUUGACAUUAUGCAUGAUAUCCUUGAGGGUGUAGCCCUUUGGAAAUCAGACUAAUGUUACGCCACUUCAUUUAUGAAGAAAGGCUAUUUUCUUUAGAACUGUUGAAUCAUAGAAUUUCCAGUUUUGACUAUGGGUAUGGGAAUGAAAAAAAUAAGCCCAGUGUUAUACUCAAUCUAAGAACCUCUGACAAUGCAAUAAAACAGACAGCAUCGCAAAUGUGGUGCCUUUUACAGGUAUUAACCUUUUUGGUUGGUGAUCUUGUUAGUGUAGGAAGUGAACAUUGGCACUUAUUCAUUUUGUUAAGACAAAUAUGUAGCAUUGUAUUUGCACCUGUUGUUACAUAUGGACUUGCUGUUUUUCUUAAACAGCUCAUUAUUGAGCAUCACACACAAUUCAAGAAGCUCUAUGACCGAAACUUGAUACCCAAACAUCAUUUUAUGACACACUAUCCGCGAAUGAUGGUUAUGUUCGGACCUAUAUCUCAAUUGUGGUGUAUGAGAUUCGAAGCUAAGCAUAAACCAUUAAAAAGACAUACUAAUAUAGUUGGAAACUUUAAAAAUGUUUCUAAAACACUGAGUUAUAAACAUCAGGUUCAGCAAAUGUAUAGCUUCAAGUUAGGUGACCCUUUUUCUGAGAAAAUGAUUGUUACAAACUCAUAUCCUGUUACUAUUGGCUCUUUGAAGAAAGCAGAUGUUGUGCUCGAAAAUCUGAAAUCAGCCAAAGACUUUGAAUAUACUUUGAACUGCGCUGUCUAUGUCACCCAUGCUGUUAGUGUGUUCGGCCAAACUUACAGAACUGGCUCUGUAAUGCCUCUUAAAGCAGAUGACAAAGGAGAGCCUUUAUUUGGAGAAAUUAUUCACAUCAUACCUCAGACUGAUGACAUGUCUAUCCUGAUGUUUGUAAGAAUUCUAACAGUGAAGUACUUUGAUGAUCAUUUCUAUGCCUAUGUUGUACAUCAAACUAAAGAGUAUGAAAUGAUCAGUCUGGCCGAUACUGCAGAUUUCAGGCCUUUGGACAUAAUGCAGGGUUUUGAUACAGAUGAGCUAUACUUAAACCCAAGAUACAAGAUUGUUUAGCUAAUCCUUCUCAAGAAUGUAAAUUGUCAGACUGCAGACUGUCAUUGUCAUCUUUGAAGUUUUGAUUAAUAACAAUCAGCUACUAUAUUCAAACUGGUUGAUGUAAUCUCAUAGCCUACUGUUAGAGUUUUACUCUAAAUGAUUUCAAGUCAAUUUCAAGACUAAUUAUCAUUGACAAAAGUUCUAUUAUUAUUAUUAUCUCAGUGAUCUAAACAUGUUUCUUACUAAAUG